UUUUGUUGUCUUUGUGUAACGAGUGGAGCUCGAUCUCACAUCACUCUUCCCUCUUCCCCGAGUCCUCUCUAAACUCUCCCCCGGGUUUCUACCCUCCCGAACCUCUCCCCUUCUACCCUUACAACCCCAACCCUCCCCCCGGUCACACACACACCAGCACAGGAGGCAGAUCCAUCUCAGUGACCAACGACUCUAGUUCUAUACAGACGGACAGAUUUCAGUUGCAGUUAUGGACUCCGGUGUGAUUGAAGGAGGCCUUAAUGUCACCCUUACCAUUAGGCUGCUCAUGCAUGGCAAGGAAGUUGGAAGUAUUAUUGGAAAGAAAGGUGAAUCUGUGAAGAAGAUGAGAGAAGAGAGUGGGGCUCGCAUCAACAUCUCUGAGGGAAAUUGUCCUGAGAGGAUCAUUACAUUGGCAGGUCCAACCACGGCCAUCUUUAAAGCAUUCUCCAUGAUUAUUGAAAAGCUGGAAGAGGAUAUAAGCAGUUCAAUGACAAACAGCACAGCUACCAGCAAGCCCCCAGUGACUCUUCGCAUUGUGGUGCCUGCUAGCCAGUGUGGGUCCCUCAUUGGGAAAGGUGGCUGCAAAAUCAAGGAAAUUCGUGAGUCAACUGGUGCUCAGGUACAAGUGGCAGGAGACAUGCUUCCCAACUCAACGGAGCGUGCCAUCACAAUUGCCGGCACUCCCCAGUCCAUAAUUGAGUGUGUGAAGCAGAUCUGUGUGGUCAUGCUUGAGUCUCCUCCAAAGGGGGUCACUAUCCCAUAUCGACCCAAGCCUUCAGGAUCUCCUGUCAUCUUUGCAGGUGGACAGGCAUAUGCCGUACAAGGACAGCACGCGAUUCCACAACCAGAUACGGCAGGAGAACAUUAUCAAGAGAUGCAGUCUGCACUUUGGAGGAAUACCUAUGGGUCUUCCUCUGCUGCUAUCUCUCCACAGCUCACAAAGCUUCACCAGCUGGCCAUGCAGCAGAGCCCCUUCCCCAUCGCACCAAGUAACCAGGGAUUCACUGGGAUAGAUGCUUCUGCUCAACCCAGUUCCCAUGAGAUGACCAUUCCAAAUGAUCUUAUUGGGUGCAUCAUCGGCCGCCAGGGAGCCAAGAUCAAUGAGAUCAGGCAAAUGUCAGGCGCUCAGAUCAAGAUUGCAAAUCCAGUGGAUGGAUCGACUGACCGACAGGUUACCAUCACAGGGUCACCUGCCAGCAUCAGUCUGGCGGAGUACCUCAUCAACGCAAGGCUUUCCUCUGAGGCCACAGGACUGGCAGCCAACUGAUAAGGCACUGCAUCUGCACUAAAUCUCACUUUUAUAUCAUCAGCUACCAUUUUAAGCAGUCAAUGCAACUACCCACCAUAAGAGUUUAUAUUAUACUGCCUCUUCCUCAUUUGAAAUCAUGUCAACUGCAGCUGAUUUGAUCCAUUGAGUUCAUUAUUUAUUUUGUUUUGGUUUUAGUCAAAAGAAGCAAAUAAUUAGGUUUUAAAUUCCCCUUUUUUGAGUGGAGUUGGAGGUUUUAGUGAUAUGUUAUUAGACUUUUUUCUUCUUCUUUUUGAUGGACCCCUCUUCCUUUGUUUAUUUGCCGAAAACUCUGAUGAGGCAUUUACAUUUAAUUUUGUACAGUCAGUUUUUUUUUCUUUAAAAAGGAAAAAAAUAAACAAAAUAUAAAUAGAGUGACUUAUUCUAUUUACAUAGAGCCCCCUUUUUCUCACCCACUCCACAAGUCAGACUGUCAUUUUCACGACGACUCACUUGCUUUAAAUAUACACUUCAUUAUCCCCCCUUUGUCACCUUUUCAAUUGAAGUGCGUGUAACAUGGAUUCUGCUCGUGUCACCGAGAAUACGUAGCCGUACGUGCACUGUCACUGAUUAUAUUUGGUUAUGAAGACAAAUGUUCUAACACUUACAGCUGAAUUUAUCCAGAUAAUAUAAGACUUAUUUUAUUCCGCAUGUCAAUUUUACCCCCCUAUACAUGUCAUUCCUGCCUCCCCCCACUCCUGUUCCUGAGAUCAUGUGUGGAUAUUUGUUGGGAUGGGAGGUUUUUGGGGUUUGGGCUAGGCUCAAGGGAUCGGAAGCAGAGGGUUCUCCUCGCUUUUUUUGUAAAGACUGAUAUAUACUGAAAAAAAAUGUUGGAAUAUUUGUUUUAAAUGGAGAAAAUAUUUUUUUUUAACUACCAAAGGGGUUAACUCUUGGACACUGACUGACCUGUCUGUUAAAUGUGACGAGGCGUAGAAAUGAAAUCAUGGAUGCUCUGGAACUAGACAAAGAAAGGGUUGUGAGUUAACACUAGUUUCCUGCUCUUUGCUUUGCUCAAGUCAGGAUUUAUUUUAUUUUUUAUUUGCAGGAAAGAAAACUUUUGUGCACGUUUUUGAGACUGUAGAUCUGGGUGCCACAACAUUGUUUAAAAAAAAAUAGAGAAAUAAAGAUGUGAAAUGCUCAAACCACAAA